AUGUUUUUAAAUAGCGUAUUUUUAAAUGAUAUAGGAGAAAAAAUUUUAAAAUUUUUUAACCCCCAAUUAAAAUAUGAAAAUAGAAUAACUAAAAAAUGGUUUUUAAUGAGUCCGUCUCAUUUUUUUAUAGUAUUCUUUUCAUAUUUUAUUUUUAUUAUAGUGGCUUACUUACAUAAAUUAAAAUAUAACACAAAAAGGAAACAAAUAUUUGAUAAGCAAACAAAUAAAAAUAAAAAUGCUUCUAUACCAUCAAAAAAAGAUAAUAGUUAUUUUCAAAAUUUUUUAUCAAAAAUUAUACCAAUAUACAAUUUAAUACAAGUUUUUUGUAGUUUUUAUAUUACUCUAUUCACUCUUUAUGAAGCAAAAAAUAGAAAUUUUUCACUCGUUUACAACCCUUCUGAUUACACACAAGAUAGUAUUGCUUUUUAUUCUUGGCUCUUUUACAUAAAUAAAAUGUGUGAUUUUUUUGAUACCAUUUUAAUUGUGUUAAGGAGUAAGUGGAAUCAAUUUACCUUUUUACAUGUUUAUCAUCAUUUAUCAGUUUUUUUUAUUAUGUGGGUUAAUACUAGUGUUGGUUAUGAUGGAGAUAUUUACUACGUAAUUAGCAUUAACUCUUUUGUUCAUUUUAUUAUGUAUUUUUAUUAUUUUUUCACGAGUUUGAAAAUUAAAGUGCCUAUAUAUUUAAAAACAACUGUUACUUACAUCCAAAUGAUACAAUUUUUAUCUAUACUUUUACCAUGCCUUUUUGUUUUAUUUUUUAAUUUUAUUUGUGAAUAUCCCAUAAGACUAGUAGCUCUCAGUUUUUGUUAUUGUAUAUCUUUAUUGAUUUUAUUUAUUAAUUUUUCUAUUCAGACAUAUAUAUUCCAAAAAAAUAAAAUUGAUUAA